UAAGUGGUUUCAAAUUCAAGCAUUUCAUAUUGAAUUGGUUUCAUUGCGUUUAGUUUCUGUUUUUGCUGUCAUAUAUAAUGUAUAAAUAAGCAAUCUAGGAAACUGUAUAUUGUAUCUUCUUUUAAGAAUUAAGUAAAAAAUGACUUCCAUAGAUCUUGAUCCAUCCAUUAAACUUUGUCUGAAAUAUUUGCACUCAAGCGCGCCAGAUUCAACAGAACAGCUUAGAUUAACCUUUGAUGAUGUUCUCACACAAAUUUACGGCAGCUCGAAAACGCUUGGUAACGUGUUACCUAAGAAAUAUUUGGCUGAAGAGAAAAUGGAAUCAACAUCACGAUCUAAGCAUAAGAGUGACAAAUCUAGAACGGUUCCUAUACCUCACCAAAGUCCACAACAGAUUCAAAUACCGGAACGCGAAGAUGACGGUUCCGUAAUGGAUGGAGAAUUGGCAUUUAACCUCUUGGAAGAGGAUUUAACUUGCGCUGUGUGUAGGCAGAUUGCAGUACAGGCUGGUAACCGUUUGGUUGAAUGUGACGCGUGCCAUGCCCUCUAUCAUCAGGAUUGUCACAAGCCAGUUAUAAGCGACAAUGACAUGGGAACAGGAUGGCAAUGUGCAUCAUGUCUUUCAUCUCAAGGGUUUGCCGCUGGGUAUUCUGGCAAGACGUCAACAUCUUCUAAAUCACCUUCGCAUGCUUCUGGAUCCACUACCCCAGUCAAGAUAUCCUCGAGCAGCUCUGCAUCGUCAUCACCAUCCAAGAUGGUUACACCUAAUAUCAAUAUAAUAACCGCUGACAAGAGAUUGCAGAUUAUGAAAAAGAAAGCUGCAAAACAACAUGAAAAAAAGAAAUCUAAGAAUUAGAAGAAAAAGUUCUAUGUA